AUUGUAUCCAAAACUUUUGUAGAAACAUCUUUUAGACCUGGAAGAACAAAACUGCAGCGAGAAGAUCUUGCAGAUGGACGCUUCUGGUUGCUUUAUUACCGCAAAGGAUUCAAUACCGAUGAAAGAAUUGUGGCAGCACGUUGAUGCUAAUGAUAAACUGCACUAUUCGUUAGUACCGAUGUUAAAAGAUGUCCAUAAAGCUGAAGAAACCACAAAGAUAUUUAAUGUAUUAUCGUUGGCUCCUGUCAAAGUCCAAGAAAUCAAGGAUCAACAGAGCAAUCAGAAAAUCAGCGAAUGUAGCGUCAGUCAUUGCAUGGAUUCCUUGAUGCGUUUGUACAACGUAGUCAUCGAUAGUUACACUUGUGAUAAGUGCAAUAUGAAAUUUCCCAUGCAGUCUAUGCUAAGUCGCCACAAAAUAACACAUAAUAUGCAUUCAUGGCUUCGAGAAGGACGUCUGAAAGAAAAGUACAUGCUAUAUUUAAAGACGAACAUUCGAAGACCAUCCAAACAAUUAAAGUUGCGUUUACAGGAAGCAAAAUACGGGAGCAAAUACGUAUUUUAUGUUUGCACCUUUUGUGAUUUUGAUUGUAAUAGAUUAGCAACUUUAGAUGCGCAUGUAAAGAAGAAACAUAAGAAAGAAGUGGCUAAAACAAAUCCUAAGAAAUUCAAUUGUACGAUUUGCAGUUAUGAAUGUUUGAGUGAAACGAAUCUGAACAUGCACAUGCGCAAACACAGGAACAAGAAUACAAUGAGUUUUGUUUGCAACAUGUGUGAUUUUGAAUGUAAAAGAAGUACUACUCUAGCAUCUCACUUGGCACAAAAUCAUAAGAGGGUUAAGAAAAAUUUAGAAGCAAGUUGUACGAAAAAAAAACGUAGAAUAACGAAAUGUAACUACACGUCUCUCAAGAAGACUAGUCAAACAGCUUGCUCGUACAGCCGCGGAACAGCUAAGACUACUGUGUUAAUCUCAUCCGAGAAUCCUAACUUAAUAAUUAAAACAGAAGUUGAAGCUAACAGUGAAACAUCGGCGAUCGCCGUUCCAAAGACAUCUAAUCAGAAGAAGUCAUCCGUUGAAGAACAUUGCGAUCUUUGCGAUUUUACGUGCGCAAAAAAGAGCACACUAUACUCUCAUAAACGCCGGCAUAAAGUGGAGGAUGUUAAUAAGGUGUACACGUGCAAUGAAUGUGGAUUUAAAACUGCUAAGAAGUCGUCGCUAUACUCUCAUAUCAAGCGAAAACACAAACAGCCACAGUCCUGCGACGGCGACGCGCAGCCAGAAUUAUUUUAUUGCAACCAGUGCGAAUACAAGAACAAGAACAAGUAUGAAUUGAAGAUACACGUCGCGCGCAAGCACACAGAUGACUUCAAGUUUUCCUGCGAAACUUGCGGUAAAAAGUUCAAGGUCAAAGGUGAUCUGACGAACCAUAUACGUUUCAGCCACCGGGAGCAACCGGUGAUUUGCGAUGUUUGCGGCAAGACUUGUCUUAAUAGCAACUCUUUGUACGUGCACCAGAAGUUUGCACACUACAAGGCCAAGUACGAGUGUCAGAUAUGCAAGAGACGAAUGGUCAGCCAGGAGAAUCUCAACGAGCACAUGCUCAGGCAGCAUGAACGCAGAGAAAACGUGGUAUGCGAAGAGUGCGGCAAGACGUUCUCGCGGAACAGCAGAUUGAAGGUGCAUAUGAGGAUUCACACCGGGGAUAAACCAUACAGUUGCACCAUCUGCAAUAAAUCCUUCGCUCGUAGGACAGCUCUCAAGCAACAUCUGCUUAUCCACACCGGCAUCAGGCCAUAUGUUUGCGAUAUUUGCGGCAAAGCCUUCACUCAGAAGCCAGGUCUAAUCAGUCACAGGAAGUCGCAUCCAGGUUCUCACCCACCUCUGCCGCGCGUCCUUAUCGAUCAUAUUUUGAACGAUGUUAUGAACGGUUGACAUAGUGCUUGAUUGAUAUAAAGUGUCUAUGUAAGAUUCCAAUGAGUGUACUUUUCAUACAACUGAUCGUACUUUCAUAGGACGACAACUGUAUUCCAAAAUUCACUGCCAGUGCUGAUAUCUUACAGUGUACAUAAUGUAAGCUAUAGAUUUUUAGUAUACUGGUAGUGAAUUUUGAAACAUAUGUAGCUGGUGUAUUAAAGAAAAAUAUCCUUGUGUUAUUAAUAUUCAUAUACUAUGCUAAUGAGAUACUUUCAUUAUACGAGUUUUUUAUCGAGUGAUAUCUAGAGGUAAUGGUAUAUAUAACAAUUAUCACAUAA